CGAUUUCAAUACAAUGACGUCAGUAAGCUUAUACUUUGCAUACGUAGUUACCGGGGGACCAUUGACCUGAACAGCUAUAAAAAAUGAUUCAAAUUUCUAUUUUGUUUUUAGCUCCCUCAUUAAUGCAUGCUGAAGAGUUUUUCUUUUAGAUAGUUUCUAAACGUUCUUUCGAGUGCAUCUGGAGUUAGGCAUCGUCGCGAGUGAAAUAUAUUAGUCGCAUUAGUGUACAAAACCUGCCUAAAAUGGCUGUGUAUUUUAUGCCGAAGAACAGAUUAUUACUACGGGCAGUUAAUUUCAAACCAAAUCCCAACAAAUGGUCCACAAAAUGGACCGUAGGGCGGCGUUCGGUAUCCAGUAGUAAAAGAGACCACGAGCAAUCCUCAUAUCAGCAGCAUUCCGGUCAGCAGCAACAGCAACAUCAUCAACAGAAUCAGCAAUCAAAAGGUAAAUUUGUUAGAAUAAAGAAAAAAUGGAGUUGGAAAGCGGGAGCCGGUUGGACUAUAUUAUCCGUUUUGGAUUGGUGGUUACUAGCUGCCGGCGGAUGGCUGACAUGGCGGGGUGUUUUUCUCCGCUGGACCCCACUGGGGAUUUGUAUGGUCGCAGCAGCACAGUGGCACCUUCACAAUCGUGAACUUGAUCGUAAGGGCCUACCGCGUACUGCCACUCCAUGGCAGAUGAAUAUGUAUUGCUCACUUCCCUUACGACUGAUGAGCCGGUGCUGGGGCUGGCUAGCAGACUGUCGAGUGCCAAUGCCGGCUAGACCGCUUGUCUAUGGACUGUACUCGACCGCAUUUGGUGUUAACAUCGAAGAAGCAGCGACAACCGAUUUGAAAAACUAUCGCAGUCUGGCGGAAUUUUUUACACGUUCGCUCAAAGAAGAUGUGCGAUAUAUCGACCCUGAAGGCUGCAUUGUCUCACCUUGUGAUGGACGAGUGCUCCACUUUGGAACCGCAACCAACUGUCAAAUAGAGCAAGUCAAAGGUAUCUCCUACAGUUUGGAAGCAUUUUUCGGACCUCCUACGUGGUGUAACGAGCAAUGCCCUACUUUCGCUGAUAAGCUUAAGAAAAAAUCCCCUGACAAUGUACUAUAUCAGUGCAUCAUCUACCUAGCGCCUGGCGAUUACCACCGAUUUCACUCACCCACCGUAUGGAAACCAGAACUGAGGCGGCACUUUUCGGGUGAGCUGCUCUCCGUUAGUCCAAAAAUUGCGAAAUGGAUGCCGGGUUUGUUCUGUUUGAAUGAACGCGCUCUUUACGUCGGCAAAUGGAUGCACGGAUUUUUCAGUUUCACAGCUGUCGGUGCAACCAACGUGGGUUCCGUGCAAAUUUACAUGGACGAGAAACUGAAAACCAACAAAUGGGUCGGUUUGGAAGUGGGAACCCAUCGUCCGGAGUAUGACGAACUGUCCCUGCCAUCCGAUACUUUCCUAGAGAAGGGAGAGCUUCUCGGACAGUUCAAAAUGGGCAGCACUGUUGUAUUAAUAUUCGAAGCGCCCCGAGAUUUUCAAUUCAGCCUUCAGCCUGGUCAAGUUGUUAAGCUUGGGCAACGUUUGGGUUGUGUGGGCAGUAAGGAAGACUUGACCGACGAUCCAAACAAAAUUAGGAAAAUAAUUGAAACAUUAUAAGUUGAUGAACUUUUUACAACCAAAUUAUAUAGAAGUUGAUAUAUAGAGAAUUUAUCGAAUGUUAACCGAUAGCAAGAUGCGCACCUAGAACUGGCAGCAGACUACCGUUCGAGUAAAUCACAUACGAAUUUGUGAUAUUCUGCAAGCACUGAAAGAUUUCAUAUUGGAAAACAUAGAUAGGUAGGAUGAACAAAUUCACGAUAGAAAAGAAUUUUCUUUUUCGCAAUUCAUAAGCAGUACAUUGUUGGGUUUGCAAAUAUCGUAGUACAUAUUGUACGUGAAUUCUGCAGUAGUCAUUUCAGCUACAACAUUACCUCAUACUUUUAGCACUUUGAAUUUGCUCACCAAACUUGACAAUUUUAGUUUACCUACUAAUUGUAUACAUUAAAUAUAUCAUCGUCGAAGUCGUUUAUUUCAAUUAAGCGUACUAUACAUUCUUCAGGGCCAAGUAUGAAAUAAGCGAAUAUACCAACAGAAAGCUCCUUACUAA